AUGAGCCGCAGGGACCAACCGAAGCUGGACCUCAAGCUCAACCUGUCCCCACCAAGGGCCGUGAUGGGCUUCCGUGGGCCCCGGCCCGAGUCCCCGGGCCAGCCGAUGGCUGUGUCCCCAACAUCCCCACAAAGCUCGUGCGUCUCGUCAGAGAGGAGCCAGGCUGGCGCUGAUUGGGAUCGGUACUCGUCGAGCCCGGAGGCCACGUCGAUGAUGCUGGUCGGGUGCCCGAGGUGCCUGAUGUACGUGAUGCUAGCCGAGGAGGAUCCGAGGUGCCCCAAGUGCAAAAGCACCGUGCUUCUUGAUGUCAUCCAUGAGAACACUAUUGGUGCCUUCAAGACAAAAACGGUCGGGAAGUGA